AUGUCAGAUAACUUGCCCAUUCCUCGAUCCAAGUCGGACCCUACGGCUCUGGAAGAUCCCACCACAGCAGACAUCCCAGGAGCCGUUUCAGAAGCUGCAGAUUCACACACUCCUGGCUAUAUGUCUUCCUCUCCAGGUAGCCCUUAUCUCUUGUCACGGAACUCCUCCUAUAUUGGGAGUCAGUCCCUGCAAGAAGACUGGGAUGUUCCUCUUGACAAACUUACCUUUUUCGACAUCUUUGACAACCUAGCCCUGCCCUCGAAACUCGAGCACUGGCAGGCUACGAUAUCGGCGCAGAAAGAGAAGCUCUCGAAGCAGCAGGAGAGAAUACGCACGACAGGAAAUAAUGCCAAAGACCGCGCCGUGGCCGAAUGGCGGAAGCGAGUUCCCUCGGCCGAUGAACAACUGGCUAAGUACCGGAGCCGGAUGAAGAAGUCAGUUGACAACAUCAACAAGAGAUGGAAUGACACAGCCACCAUAUCUCUGAAGGAGAAAGUGUCUUUCAUAUCGGCCGUGCUCAACGUCUUUAUCAGCGGCUACCUCAUUGGGGGUGUGCCUCAAUAUUUCUACUUCUGGUUCACAGCGCAAUUCGCUUAUUUUAUGCCCAUACGCUAUUUUACAUACCAUCGCAAAGGUUACCACUACUUUCUGGCAGAUCUUUGCUAUUUUGUCAACGCCUUGCUAUUAUUGACGAUAUGGGUCGCCCCGAGGUCGAAACGACUCUUCAUCAGUACUUACUGCUUGGCGUACGGCAACAAUGCAGUGGCAAUUGCCAUGUGGCGCAAUUCUUUGGUCUUCCAUUCUUUGGAUAAGGUUACGAGCCUAUUCAUUCACGUCAUGCCUCCUGUGACCCUACACUGCCUCGUUCAUCUCACCCCGGCCGACAUUCUUCGCGCUCGCUUUCCAGCUAUUUACGACAUCAAGUUUAGCGAGGCCGGUUCCCCUCAGCACUACUCGCUCGGCGCAAUGCUGAUCUGGGCCACUGUGCCUUACGCUGUCUGGCAGCUCUCGUAUCACUUUUUCAUCACUGUUCGAAGGCGCGAAAAGAUUGCCGCUGGGCGUCCCACCUCGUUCACUUGGCUCCGGAAGUCGUACGCGAAGACCUGGAUCGGUAAAGGAGUCCUUGCCCUUCCUUCGACACUGCAGGAGCCUGCAUUCAUGCUGAUCCAGUAUUCAUAUGCUCUGCUUACCAUUCUGCCAUGCCCCAUCUGGUUUUGGUCACGAUGGAGCAGUUCGGCGUUCCUCAUGACAGUCUUCAGCUGGAGCGUAUGGAACGGAGCGAAUUACUACAUGGACAUCUUCGGCAAACGCUUCCAAAAAGAACUCGAGCAGAUGAAACUCGACGUGGCCAAGUGGCAGAACAGCCCUGGUGCAAUGUUCAGCCCUCCCAUAGGACCAGCAGACGGCGAUGGAAAGGCCCGAGAAAAUGGCGCCGAGAAGAGGCGGAGUAUUGACCGGAUUCCGCUUCUGGACGAAACUACCGGAAAUGGACACGCAGAAAGCUCCAGUCCAACCGCAAUAGCUACGGGUGCCAAUGUCUUGAAUGACACAUCUGGCAGCGUUACCGACAGAAAGGGUGUUUCGGGGCCUUGA